AUGAACCAAAAGCUGCCGACUCUCCGAGCGGGCGGUGUAACCUCUCGCGCCGACUUAGUUCGAGGUGAUCACAAGUCCGCUCUCGCACCGAGCUAUUUUUCUCACAAUCACUUCAGCUCGCCGCUGGCUGGAACAGACGAUCCGCUAUUAAAGCGCACAAGGGUCACAGUCAAGGUCCUCGAAGGCAAAAACCUGCUGGUGUCCGACCUCCAGACCGGGACAAGUGACCCUAUCACGUUCUUGUGGGUCAGCUCUACCGAAAGCGGCUACGUCGACUUGAAGCAUGACAGGCGUGUUCAGUCUACAGAGGUUCGUAAGCACACCGUCGACCCAGUCUGGGACGCCGAGUUUGUGUUUCCGUUGGAAGUCCAAUCUGUGGAAGAUGUUUUAAGCGGACGAAUCAACAUACUGGUACGCGAUCACGAUGAUGCCAACGGAGACCUCCACUACAUCGACCUGGGUCGAGUUGAGGUUCCCCUGGAAACAGUUCUCACGGAGGGCAACAUCAUGGCCCACACCCAGCUUGUCCAGCUCCCGGCGAGGUGGUACCCACUGCAGCGAUGCCGAGGCAUGAAGAAGUCACGGGGGGCCUUGAAAAUCGCUGUCGGAUUCUUCGUUGGGUCUGACUGUGUCUUGCUCCGUGAUGAAGACAACGACACCCUUGGACAGGGUCUCGGUUCAGCGGCUCGUUUCGAGCAUCACAUGAAGAGUUUCCGUGGCUGCCGCCGAUCAGAUGGUUGCGGCCGUGCAGCUUCGACGUCGCCACCACGUCGAACUCCCGCCAAUAGUCAAGAGCUGACCGUGCGAGGGGGCACUGUUGUCGUUCGACCGAAGUCGGCUCCAGAAGCCACCACACUCACCUGCCCGAUUCAUCUCCAGAAACGUCCGUUCGAGUUGAAACCCGUCCAACCUCGAAAUCCAUCCGCCGUCUUCCAGAUGACAGGUGCAACGCAGGCUGAAUCGAAAGAUUGGGCUGAAACCCCAACGUCGAAUAUCAUAUUGGCCGAGACCGCUCCUACGGGGGAAAAACGGCCACGAUGGCGAGAUACCUACGGUGUGGCCGCGGCACCCGAUGAGGCGAAGGCAACGUUGUCAUCGGUGGGAUCUGAGAGAGCCGAGUUCAACCAAACCUGUGGCGGGUUGCCAGCAACAUUCUCGCUUGUUCCUGCACUCACGAAACCAAGCCCUAAGCUGUCUCGCCUAGCCGCUAACGCAACACACGAAAACACCGAGAGAGGAAAAUCGCCAGGCCUACCGAUGGGCUGGGACCAACAGGAAGGAGCGACAGUGCGGGCGCACAGAUGGCAGAGAAAACUGCUCGAAUCCAUGCAGAGGCUUGAAACUAGGAGUACCGAAGGGGUAGCGUACGGGGAGCUCCGAGCAAUGGUGCGAGAAGCUUCUUCCGUGCAAGUGGGUCAAGUGGUUACCGCUGCUCGCGGGGUCGGAACGGCUUGCUCGCUGGCGGCUCGGCGGUACACCCUUCGCCUGCUUUCCUGGCUCUGCUGGGAUCAGCCGCGGGCGGCAAGCAGGCACCACGCUAGCAUCGUCUCAUACGUGUUGGAUCGCAUACGGGAUGACGAAACGGCAAGCCUCCACGUUGAACUGGCGCUGUGCAUUGGGGCAGUGGUGCUUUCGGCCCUCCGGGACGGCACGGUUGACCAAUACAUGGUCCAAAUUCGACGCCUAAUACGGCUUGUCGGGGAGCAGAGGAAGUCAGUGCGGGAAUCUGCGGGUGUCUGCUGCGUGGCGUCAGUGCUUCCGCCUUCGCCUCGUGUUCCAGUAGAAGUUGAAACAGGUCUUCGCAGUAUUCACGACGUCCGCCUCGCCAUCGGGCAGGCGGCGGAACGCGGCGGGAUAGCCAACCCUAUGCCGAAGGAGGCGAUACUGCUGCCUGGGGGGCGGGCGGUGAUCGAGCUGGCAGAUGCUGCCGCCGCAGCAUCCUUUUUCGAUCGAUUGUCGGUCACUGCCGCAGGUCUUCCUGCGAAUUGGAACGUCUGUCCGUUUCCUGAGGAUUUUUGCACCGGCGUAAAUCUGGCACAGGCGUCACACCACGCCAGGCUCACUGUGAACAGCGAGGAGAUACUCGCCUCCUUGCUAGAAGCACUCGGCAACGGUCGGUCGGAAGCGACACGAGCGCAGCUGUUCAAUGCCAUGGCAGCGAUGGCGCGUAGCUGCGUCACACACGGAGAUAGUGAGCUACAACCUGAAACCGGUACUCCAAAGAUGGUGGUGGCGACGGCGCCAGGGGUGGUGAGAGGAAUCUCCGCAACGUUCAAGAAAGGUCUCCCAGCCGUCGCACGUGCCGUGCUUGAAGUUCUGAACUGCCCGAUUCGUCGCGCAUACACUUGGAACGAACGCGAGGCCGCGUUUGAGGUGAUAGCUUCUCUUGCUGUCCUCGUCGACCUCCGAGGAGUCGAAGGUCCGCUCGGCGAGCACCGCGCGAAAUUCGUGCAAGGGGCAACCGGAGCCAAGCAUGACUCAGUGGCUGCCGUGAGGGAGGCGGCGAGGAAGUCGCUGGCGGCACUCGAAGCAACAGACGCAGAGGAAGGAACACGAAAAAACCGUCCACGCGUGUUGCCUCAGGCAAGCGUAGGGCCUCACACACGCGGAGAAAAGGGCGCGGGAAUGUCGUUGGCGGGAAUGAGACAGAGACUUCGCCCUGAGAAAACAGGAGAGUCGAAGGCCGUGAGAAAACACCUUGCGAACCCCAAGAUCGACGGGGUUGUUGUGGAAGAUUGGAAGGCGGGGGAAUGUAUGACCGAGCUCCCCCAGGUCAACCUUGAGUCCAAUCAAGAAUCUAGCGAGAUGGACAGUAGGGACCGACGACAACGAGAAGCGGAGGUCCCUGGUGAAAAGAAGUUGACGGCCGGCCGCACAUCGACUGUGUCAUCAGUAGAGAGUUGCCCCUCGUCCAGUAGAGGCAACGACAAACAAGACACGCCGUCAUCCUCGGCCAGUGAGGGCUGCGGUAGCGACCGCCGAAGGGGACUAACACAUGCGGUGAAUACUAGGAACCCCGGAGAACAUGAUCCGAGUAGCGGAGACUUGGAGCGGAAGGGAAACAUGACGAGCGAGGAGGAUCUCCCGACCCUGAACAAAAAAGAUGGCGAGCCAGGCAAACAGGCAGAGAAAGAAAACGGUGCCCCGCUUCAACAACGGGGUACGCCCAUGGAGACCCUUGUUGCUCAACCUAUUCCGCGGCCAAUUCAGACGGCGCCGGCAUCGACCGUGCAAAGCAUCGAGGUCGCCGUCCAAGGAAUGGCACCGCCAGAGAAAAAAGACCUGGAAACACUGUCGAAUGAGACUUCGAGGGCGGGGGCUACGACACUGGUGCAGCGACACGUGCGAGACGGCGUGCAAGUAGACACCGUUCGUCUCCUGAGGCAUCUUGAUGACAAGACGAAUGGCAUUGUCAGCAUUCUCGACGGUCUGGAUCGAAGACUUGUGGGAAUGGAGAAACUCCUGAUGUCAAAGGAGCAAAUUUGUACUGCUGCCUCGCCGAUGCGCUCACCUGCCUCACGGAAGCUGAAACGGCCGAGGGUAAGCCGCAACGCAGAGCCUGAGAAGAGGAGCGCGCCGAACAAGACCGGCACAUCCAGGAACACCGACCCUAAAUGCACCGACAAAGAACUCGGUGCAAGUGCCACCUCCAAGAAACUCCCUACUCGCCGAACCACAAGACUUAGACGAGACGUUGGACAGCUGGUGAAGUGUGGGGAGAUCGAGCACGCAUUUCGAACGGUUUUGUCUUCUGGGACCGAGCGUGACGUGUUGUGGCUGAUGGGGAGCGCUGGGGGUCCGGACUUGUGCAGGCAUCGGCUAGGCAUGGAAACUCGUGAUCGUCUGUUCGCGUUUGUGGCGAGGGUGGUCUCGGGAGGGAAAUACGCGGAGCAUGCGCUUCCGUGGGUGUUUGAAUUGGUCAGGUCGGGAGAAGCGAAGGGGCUUCCUCUAGCGGUGCGGAUGCAGUUGGCGGGUGCUCUCCAUGGGUUGGCCGCUAGUCCCACCGACCAUGGCGUCAUGGCGGCCAGACUGGGGCCAUAUCUUUCCCUGGUAUCCUUGGGGCGACCGUCCAUGUCUGAUACCACUGAAGGGGGGGGGGUAUUUGGUAGCAUGGGACUGGCAAGUGGGGCAUAG